AUGUUGGUGGUGGUGGUCGUGCUGCUGGUGGUGCUACUGGUGAUGAUGCAGCUGCUGCUGGUGCUGCUGCUGGUGCUGGUGGUGAUGCAGCUGCUGCUGGUGAUGAUGCAGCUGCUGCUGGUGAUGAUGCAGCUGCUGCUGGUGCUGCUGCUGGUGCUGGUGGUGAUGCAGCUGCUGCUGGUGCUGGUGGUGAUGCAGCUGCUGCUGGUGCUGCUGCUGGUGCUGGUGGUGAUGCAGCUGCUGCUGGUGCUGCUGCUGGUGCUGGUGGUGAUGCAGCUGCUGCUGGUGAUGGUGUUGAGAUCCUUUGAGGCGGUGAUGGUGUUGAGAUCCUUCGAGGUGGUGGUGGUGUUGAGAUCCUUCGAGGUGGUGGAGGUGCAGAGACUUUUAGAACUGGGGUCAUUAUCGCAGUUCUUGUGCGACCAUCCUUGUCCUGGGACGCCUGGCUGGCACGUGGCUGUGCCUAAUGGGGUCAGUCUGAAGCUGGACAGUAGAAAGCUCUCUCCUCAUCUCCCCUGGGAGUGA